AUGCGUGCCAACAUCAUCUCCGUCGCUGUGAGCACCCUCGCCACGGUUGUCGCUGCGACUUCCGAUGCGUCGAAUCCCUUCAAUGUCCCUUCUGGUGGCUACAGCUUCACCGCUGGCACCCCGACUACCAUCACCUGGGAGCCGACCACCAGCGGUACCAUCUCGCUGAUUCUGGAGUGGGGCGAUGUCCUCGAGGUCGAGGAGGGCAUCACUCUUGCUUCUGGAAUCUCCAACUCGGGAUCCUACGUCUGGACUCCCUCUGCCGAUAUCCCGGUCGAGUCCGACUACUCGAUUGAGAUCAUUGACGAUGCCGACACCUCUCUGACCGACUACAUGCCCCGGUUCACCAUUGCCGGAGUCACCGGCACCGUGUCGACCACCGCGACCUCGACCGCUUCUUCGACCAAGUCUACCUCUUCGGCCUCUACUUCCUCUUCCUCUUCUACUAACACCCUGAUCACCACGACCGCCUCGGCCAACUCGACCGCCACGGUCUCGUCCACUGGACCUGUCUCUGCUAAGACUUCGUCGGUCGCUACCGCUACCGCUGCUUCCACCACCGCUGCGGCCGCUAGCACUGCUGCUACCUCCGGCUCUGCCAGCGCCUCGUCCACCACCGUCCCCGACGUCAACGGAGGCAUGGCCACCCGGGUCUCUGGUGGUCUGCUGGCCCUCGCUCUUGCCGUGGCCGCUCUCUUUUGA